AUGGCCUUCAGACUUGUAAAUACCCCUCGAUUUGCUCCCUACGAGCGACUAUCACCUUCUCAGCUUCAAGAUGAGUUAGCAAACAAAUCAGUCUUAAUCACAGGCGGCGGCAAAGGAAUUGGCGCUGCAAUCGCGAAAUCGUUUGCCGAAGCUGGAGUAUCUCGCAUUCACAUAUCCGGUAGAGACCAGAAGAACCUCAACGCCACCGCUGACGAGAUCAUCUGCGCGUUUCCUGCCGUCCAAGUGGUCUGUCAUGUCACAGACAUUGUCUCAGCGUCUGACGUCGCCGAGCUAUUCCAAGAUAUUGGCACAGAGUCGCCAGACGUUCUGGUCAACAAUGCAGGCUACAUGCCCAACGCUUGCCCCUUUGCCGAAGCCGAUCUACACGACUGGUGGCGUGGCUUCGAGGUAAACAUCCUCGGCACUGCGCAAGUCGUCCAAGCAUUUCUUCGGCAUCGCCGCGCCAACUCGCAGCAACGAGACCAACUGCUGCCUCCCGCUGUCGUGCUCAGCCUCAACACAGCCGCGGCGCUUAACUACCCCGUCCCAUCCAGCACCUCCUACGCCUCAAGCAAGGCGGCCCUCGCCCGCUUCAACGAGCUCCUUGCUGUCGACGUUCCUGAAUCCGAAGCGCGUUUUGUGGCGCUUCAUCCCGGCGUCGUCAAGACGGACAUGUAUGACAGAAGCCCCGGUGCACACCUCGCACCGGUAACGGAGGCAAAGCUGACUGGAGAUUGGGUUGUGUGGGCUGCGAGCAGGGAGGCCGACUUCUUGGCUGGGAGGUUUGCAUGGGUGAAUUGGGACGUGGAUGCGUUGGUUAGCAAAAAGGAAGAAAUCAUUGAGGGAAAUCUUUUGAAGACGGAUUUGAAGGAGGAAAAGUGGCGAACAGAACUUUGA